AUGGCAUCAAGAACGGUUUACUCCGGUACGUCGGCGCUUCUCAGAGGCUCCAUACUUGUACUUGUGUUCAUAUCAGUGAUAUUGAUAUUCACCGCACCUGGUGUAUGCUUUACUCGGUACAUCAACAACAUUCAAGCAAGUAACGAAAUAUGCCCGAACGACAAUUUCUUCCCGAUGAAUGUCGACAAAUGGCGUUACGGUGUACAUUUCCAGCAACGUGGCCAAAAGUAA